AAAAAUCUACAGAAAAAUAUUUUAAUUCGCCUUCGUAUAAACUUGGGUCUUCGUGAGAGAGAGAGAGAGAAAGAAAGAAAGAGAGAGAACUUUGGUUUGAAUCCUUCUUUGGGUUUUUGCUUUUGCUGUGAUCAAUCGCUCUUGAUUGUCGACUUCUAUCUGAAUUUUUCAGAAAUUUCUCGUCUUUGAAUCGCCUUCUCCCAUGGCCACCACCGGAAACAAGAACAUCAAUGCCAAAUUGGUGCUUUUGGGAGAUGUUGGAGCCGGAAAGUCCAGUCUAGUUUUGCGCUUUGUUAAAGGACAAUUCAUUGAAUUUCAGGAAUCGACCAUAGGGGCUGCCUUUUUCUCGCAAACAUUGGCCGUGAAUGACGCAACUGUAAAAUUCGAGAUUUGGGAUACAGCGGGUCAAGAGAGAUACCAUAGUUUGGCUCCUAUGUACUAUAGAGGAGCUGCUGCUGCAAUAAUUGUGUAUGAUAUAACAAACCAAGCAUCGUUUGAGCGGGCCAAAAAAUGGGUUCAAGAACUUCAAUCACAAGGCAAUCCAAAUAUGGUUAUGGCACUUGCUGGGAACAAGGCAGAUCUGCUAGAGGCAAGGAAGGUGGCUGCAGAGGAAGCUCAAGCUUAUGGUCAAGAGAAUGGUCUUUUCUUCAUGGAAACCUCUGCAAAAACUGCAACCAACGUCAAUGACAUUUUCUAUGAGAUCGCAAAGAGAUUGCCUCGAGUCCAGCCGGCGCAGAACCCAUCAGGAAUGGUCCUCAUGGAUAGACCUGCAGAGAGGGUCGCCAGUGCAUCUUGUUGUUCUUAAGAAGCCUUUGGUGCGUCUUAUCUCCACCUGCGCAUACUCUGCAACAGCUCUUGUGAUGCACAGUAAAAACGAUGUUUUAGAUUUUAUCCAGUUUCUAUUUUGUGUACAUUUGUUCAGAAUUGUACAUCCAUGUUUCUUUAGAUGCGUCCUUCUAAAGGGAGUGAAAAGCUUGCGGAGAAUAUCUUCUAAUGAAAUGAUGGUUUGUGAUGCUUAUAGUUACCGAUAUCGAUUUCUUAUUUUUUGUUUGUUGCCCUUUUGGGCGAGAGUAAGCAGGGAUGCGGAUGAAUCUUAUGAGCCAGAUUGUUGCAGUCGAAAAA